AUGGCCGCUACCACUACUCUUGCUGCUGCUGCUGCUGCCUCGGUCUUGACUCUCGUUGGGGUCAAAAAGGUCCACUCGGCCAUCACUGCCGAGCGUGGCUUGACACUGCCCAGUCUCCGUGAUGUUAAUCUCCUCAAGUGCGCCUACCCCGAGGACUACUAUCCUGGUGGAAAGUAUGCCGAAUUGUCGUAUGGAGAGACCCAUUAUUUCAUGUUUGGACCUGAGGAUGGCAAGAAGAUCGUUUUCGUCCAUGGACUAUCGACCCCAGCUUCUGUCUACAGCAAUGUCGCCCGCCACAUGGCCGCCAAUGGCUGCCGUGUCCUUCUCUAUGAUCUGUACUCUCGAGGAUACUCAGUUGGUCCUGGAGUGGAUCAUGACCCUGUGUUCUAUGUGACCCAGUUGCACGAGCUGUUGAAGCAUGUUGGAUGGACGCAAUGCAACUUUGUCGGCCUGUCACUCGGAGGUGGGAUCGUUGCAGCCUAUGCCCACAGGUUCCCCGAGACUGUCCUGUCCUUGAACUUUAUCACACCUGGCGGCCUCUUGUCCCCAAAGGAUAUCCCCUGGGUCGGCAAAAUCUUUUCGCUGCCGUACAGUGAAGAGGUAUUUUCCCACAAGUCCAUGAAGGGCUACUUCUCCGGCAAGAAUGUCGCGUCUAUGCGCGCAGAAUUCAAGGACCCCAAGGAGAUCCCGGCUUGCGUCGACGAGGCGUGCGAGAUCUUGAAGCUGCAGUUCCGUCACCAUGCUGGAUAUGCGCGUGGAUUGAUGUCAACCUUGAAGAUGUUCCCCUUGACCGCCUUGAGGGCCGAGUUUGCGACCGCCCAGGCCCACUCCUUCCCCGUUCAAAUCGUCUGGGGCACAAGGGAUACUGUCAUCCCGGGCACUACGGUCGAGACCAUUCAGGAGCUGAUUCCCAGGAUCCGUGUCACCAAGGUCGAGGGGGCAACCCACAGCAUUGCCAUGACCCACCCCGAGGCGAUCAUCCGCAGCCUGGAGGAUUAUAUUGUGUAA